UUUACACAAUAUUACAUGUCAAAUUUAUCCAAUUAAAAAUUGUAUCAUCUCAUUAUGCAAAUUUGGUCUCCAAUUAUUGAUGACACAUGUUAGCGACACUCACAGUGGGUCAAAUGGGGAAGCAGUGUGGGAGUCAUCAGGGGUACCAGAAGCCAGGUUCUCAGGUGCAGCAGAGGAUGCCAGAAGGACACAGCUCCGAGGUGACCCACAUCUGUAGUAGCUCCAACAAUGAUGGCAAUAAACCACAUAGCAACCACUUGCUGAGCACCAGGCACGUACAGUCUAUUGAAUCCUUACAGAUCCUUGAUGAAGGUGCUGCUGCCGCGCUGCUGUUGUCAUUGUUCUUAUUAACAGCAGAUGGGAAACUGAAACACACAAAUUUGUUCCUGGUAGCACUCAGCACAUUAGGUAAAUCACAAGCCUGGAUUUGAACUUAGAUAUGCCUAGCUCCAAAUCCAGCGCUCUUAAAUUGGCAAACAGUGAGUACUCCAGAUCCUAAAUAAUAAACAUUUCCACGCCUUAGGCACAGUACACCUGUUGUAUUGAGCCAAGAGUAGGUAAUGAUCCUCCUUAUACCCCAUCCAGAUGGAAUGGCCCAGCUUCUGUUUGCCUGUUGCCCACUUUUUAAAUGUUUCAAAGAAGUCUCAUUUCUCGUGGCUGACACCUUGGAUAACAUAUCACCCUGUAGGUGAAAAACAGUCAUCAGGAGAGAAGAACGCAAUGGCCACCAUGACAGAAUUGAGUCCCACGGCAGGGAAGUACUCCCAAGAUGUACAAGGGGAUGAGAAGCUCAGUCCUGGGAAAGCUCCAAGCUUAUGUUCCACUCGCUAUGGAAUAGCCUUCAUCACACAUCUCUGCAACUUCAUAAUAAUGGCACAAAAUGUUAUCAUGAACAUCACCAUGGUAACCAUGGCCAACAGCACAAACCAUCAGUCCCAGUUUAACAGGUCCACUGAGGGGCUGCCUGUUGACUCAUUUGAUGACCCAAAUAAUUCCCCAAAAAGUCUUCCUGCGGGGGCCCCUGUGUAUGAUUGGAGCCCUCAAAUCCAGGGCAUCAUCUUCAGUUCUAUCAACUAUGGCAUGAUCCUGACACUGGCUCCCAGUGGAUACCUGGCUGGAAGAGUAGGAACAAAGCGAGUGGUUGGUGCUGCUCUGUUUGGAUCCUCAUUUCUCGUUCUCUUCACCCCUCUGGCAGCUGACCUUGGACUAGGUUUCCUCAUUGCAACUCGAAUACUUCAGGGCGUGAGCCUGGGGUUACGCUAUGGGGGUCAGUUUGCACUCUGGGAAAGAUGGAGUCCUCCACAUGAACGAAGCCGACGCUGAAGCAUUGCUUUCUCAGGAAUGAUGCCGGGAAGCUGCAUUGCCAUCCUCCUGGGUGGCAUCAUCAGUCAAGCCCUCAGGUGACCUUUUGUCUUCUAUAUCUUUGAAGGUGUUGGCUGUGUCUCCUGCCUUCUCUGGUUUGUUUUGAUUUACGAUGACCCCGUCACUCACCCAUGGAUAAACAUCACAGAGAAAGAAUACAUCAUAUCCUCCUUGGCCCAACAGGUCAGCUUUUCUAAGCAGCCUCUUCCCAUCAAACCUAUGGUCAGAUCUCUACCCCUCUGGUCCUUGUGUUUUUGCUGUUUCAGCCAUCAAUGGUUAAUUAACGUAAUGGUUGUAUACACACCAAUAAUCAGCUCUGUGUUCAAUGUUGAUAUCUGAGAUAGUGGCUUCCUGUCUGCCCUUCCUUUUAUUUUUGCCUGGGUCGUUGGCAUCCUGGGAGGUUACCUGGCAGAUUUCCUUCUGACCAAGAAUUUUAGGCUUGUUACAGUGAGGAAAAUUGCCACAGUUCUAGGAAGUCUCCCCUCUUCAGCAUCCCUUGUGGUUCUGCCAUACGUUGCCUCCAGCUAUAUCACAGCAGUGACCCUUCUGACGCUCUCCUGUGGACUAAGCCUGUUUAGUCAGCCAGGGAUCUAUAUCAAUGCCUUAGAUAUUGCUCCAAGGCAUUCCAGCUUUCUCAUGGGAGCCUCGAGGGGGUUUGCACAGAUAUCUGCUAUCCUGGCACCCACUGUCAGUGGAUUUCUUCUCAGUCAGGACCCUGAAUUUGGGUGGAGGAAUGUCUUCUCCUUGUCAUUUGCCAUUAACACAUUAGGACUGAUCCUCUACCUUAUAUUUGGAAAAGCAGAUGUCCAAGACUGGGCUAAAGAAAGGAAACUCACUCACUUAUGA